CAAACACACGAAAGCCUCUAAAACAAGCUUAACAACCCAUAUCUUAUAUCCUAGUUCGGGAAUGAAUAAAGGCGUUCAACCAGCGGAUUUGUAUAGGUCGUGUCUUCAAGAUAUUCUAAUGUGUAGCUAGUCUACUAUAUAAUAUCUGUCCUUGUACACAGGGAUUUUCAUACAGGCUUAAGAGUAAGAGUGUAUCAACACAUAUCUAAAAAUAUCCACCGGUAGUACCCGAUGUCACACUCCGGUAUAGUUUGAAAUAUGUGUUCCUUUAAGAUCUAGAGAAUGUACUAGAAUGAAAUGAGUCAUUUGGCCAACCUGUUGGCGUGUGCCAGGUGUUUGGCUGUGCUCGUGUCACUGGUUUCAUUUACAAAGUCAGAAUGGACUUUCCUUGAGUAUUUGGGGAUAAAUGACGAUACAGUAAAGCUAUUUUUCAGUGAGUUUUGUGAUGACCCUGGUGACCUAUAUUGGAAGUUUAAUGGAAACGAAACGCUCUUCAGCACAACGAGCGGUAACCUAACCAAGGAGGAUAACUCAAGCUUGUCCAAAACUUACAGGUGUCAGCUCGACUGGAGCCUCAUUGCCGUUAAGUGCAACGUCAUCAGCGUGGACAAUACUACGUUCGGCAAUGUCACAAACUGUUCCAUACAGGAACUCAACAGCAGCUGUUCGCACCGGUGCAUAUAUGUCUGGACCUCACUGUUAGACAGGAAUUCCUUUUUCCUGGACGUUGGUCAGUGCCAGAGAAGUGAGGAAAGGUUUGUUGACUAUUGUAGGACUUCAGAAGAGAAUCCACCUGUGCCCAGCAGCGAUUCAGACGACUCGACUACUGGCGAUCCCAUGAAGAUAUUAGCAUAUUGUAUCAUCUUUCUUCAGGCCUCUAUCAUCAGUGUGUUUAUGGGGUUUAUUCUAUACAUAGAUAUAUUUUAACUCUCUAAGUGCAAUGAAAGAAAAUAGAAAGAAAUGACAACUUUGUCUUUGGUGUUUCUAAAAUAGUUAGAGUUAAAUUGAAAUUGAAGUUAACCACUUUUCGAUAUGUGUAUUCAUUUAAUUUUUACUGAUUGUAUUUUCUAUUAGCUAGAAAAUCAAUUUAGCGGAAUUUCCAGGGUAAUGAUUAAAGGAUGUACAGUUUAACUGUAUAACUGUCUAUAUUUUAAAGUUUAUUCACUAUUCCAAAUAGUUAUGAAUAAGAUGUUUUCGACACUAUGCGUUACAAGGGGAAUAAAGGGGGAUAAAUUUGCAACAUAAUUAUUCCUGGGCUAAGUGGGAAAAAAAAAACAAAUUGAAGUCCCCAUCUGAGCGGAUUUCGUUUUAACUAAAUGAUUACCCCACAUAUUAUGUAAUCAACAAGAGAGAUAUACAGCUAUUAAAGCCGUACUCAUAUACCAGAAAUAGUUUCAUGCUCGUUCACCUUUUUUGGUUCAUUUAUAAAGAUAUUAAAUUAUGACAAACUUUCAAUUUUUAUGUAUUUAAUAUAGCAUGCAUGAUUCAACCUUGACAAGGGGAUUGAUACUAUAACUUGUUCAUUCCAUACCUGUCUAUUAAAGCCGUUAUUCCCUCAUACAGAAAAUCGUAUUGUAGAUUGCGCAUGUUGUAUGACCUGGUACUCGCGCAAUGUCAAUACUGCCACGCACUUUUGGGUCUCCCAUUACUGUGGUCAUCCUGAAAACAAUACUUUACUUGAUUUAUACAUAGUACCAGGUGACCGAGCCUCGCUCGGUUGUCUAAUUUGAGAAAGAUAUUCAUCCGAACUCAUUUCGGAAACAUCUUAGUACACGGCCUCUACUUUGGUGAAAAGGCUAUUAAAGCGUACAAUAAAAUAGUGCGCGGAUGCUUAAUUAUAUGACAAUUGAUUCAAGAAAACUUGUGAAUGUUUACAAAAAGGUUUCAGUGUACUGAUGUAAGCCUAAAACGUAAGAGAUGGCUCUCUUUUAUGGCGUCCUCCGACACCCUUUCAUUCAUAAAAAGAUGUGUAGCUAACAUUAGUAAUACAAUAAUAAAACAUGUUUAAUAUGUUCAAUAUAACGGUCGACAUUGAGUUUUCGCAAUGUGGCAAAAGAGUUGAGAAUUUUUUAUAUAGGCCCCCCCCUACAUAUAGAAAGUUAAAAUUUUUAAGAAAAUUGUUAGAGUCGUCUUCGAAAUAAUGUAUAUAUAUAAAUAUAUAUUCAUUCAAGAAUUGCUUGGUUGUUUGUUGUUUUACUUAUUUCGGAUGUUCCUUCAGAGUUGAAGAUAAUUACGUCCUAGUCCAAACCUCCCGCAGGACGACGGAGGAUGGGAGCGGGCAGGGUUUGAACCCGGGACCAUCGAUAAGUCCGAACGACAGUCCAGCGCGCAAACCGCACGACCAGGCAGCCAUCCAUUGGUUAAGAGUAUAGGAUAUAUAUAUAUCCUAUUUUAUAUUUAUAUAUAUAUAUAUAUAUAUCCCUUAAAGCUAGAUAAUAUCCCCAAGCUGGAGGAAGCUUUUUAUACUUGGUGUAAACAGGAAAUGAUCAGACAUGCCUCAGAAGCUGGAGAUAUUUUUAAAAGAGAAAAAAAUCACACACAAAAAAAUAUUGUCGUGCUAGCAAAGGCUGGGUUUAAGGAAACAAAGGCUGGGUUUAAGGAAACGAAGGCUGGGUUUAAGGAAACAAAGGCUGGAUUUAAAGAAACCAACAUGUAUACGUCUCUUAUGUAUGUGAUAUGUGAGGAGAGCCCGUAUAAAAAACUUAAACAUCAAAAUCAAUUUGAAUUAGUUACAUUACAAUUACAAAGUAUGUGUAGAUUGUUCAUGAAUGAAUUUAUCUCUAAAAUGUAAAUAUAUCAGAAUGGCUGUUAAAAAACAGAAUAUGUUUAUGAAUCUUGUUCGCUGUGAGCUCAAAUUUUUUAAUAAAUACGUCCAUAGAACAAA